AUGGAGCCACAGGCGGACGGAGUGUACCUCGGAGGCGUCGGCGGCGGCGGCGGCGGCGGAAGUGGCGGAGAAAUGUGCACGAACGGAGUGCCGUCGAUCGGAGUCUCGUCUCAGACCGAGAUUAAGGUCGAGGUGAGCAAACGACGAAUUUUAGGGGGAAAGAGGGAUUUUUUUUUGUUGUUUCGCAUUUUACCGGAAUUUUCAGAAAGUGCAACACACGUGGACAGUGAAAAACUUCUCGCACUGCUAUCAAGAAUAUCUCGAAAAUUUUGUGUAUCUGCAAAGGUAAAUUAUUAGUGCCCUAAUCGCGACGAACAUUUGCGAGCAUGGUUUGAAUUUCGUGCCCGUAUUUUGGUUUGCGAUACGGAGCGAUAAAAGCCUGGCCCGAGAGCAUGUUCGCAAAUGUUCGCCGAAACAACGGAUAAAACAAAGUUUCAGAGGAGAAGAGCAGCUGACGUGGUCAAUAAAAAUAUAUCCGAAAGGAAACGGCGAAAAUAAUAAGGAUUUUGUAUUUUUGUGCCUCAACCGAGUCAUUAUUAAUAAUGUGAAGGCCGGCAAGAUUGGCUUCAAGUCGCAAUUCAAACUGCGCACCGCCGAGCACAAGGACAUCGAGGUGAUUCUUGAAUGUUCUAGACUGUUUUCCAGUUUAUCUCAAACAUUUGCAGAUGCGUAUUCACCCGAAUCCGUCGCAUUCCGACUACGUGUCGUACAUUAAACGGGACGUUUUGUUCCCGCAAAUAAUGCCGAGAGACAUGAUCAUUGUGAAUGUGGAGAUUGACGUCGCCGUCGAGACGGUCACCACCAACAACGAGCCGAUUCAGGUGAGAAGCACCGAAAUUAUUGGAAAAAAUUUUGCCGUUUUUGCAGUUCGAGCCGGUGAACACGGAGCUCCAGCUGAUCGAGGACUACCAGCGGCUGUUCCUGCAGGAAAUGCUCACCGACUUUGAGAUUAACGUGGGCGGACGGGUCAUAAAGGCGCACAAGGCGGUCCUGGCCGCCCGCUCGCCCGUCUUCAACGCAAUGCUCACGCAUCACGACACCGACGAGGCCAAAUCGGUGGGAAAUUUGAACUUUUCAACGACUUGCUAUUCUACGAUCGGACCCGAACUUUGUACGAUUUCUAGGCUUGGAUUAAAGAAAAUUGGGAGCAUUUACUCUGGAGAUACGUCAAAUCCACGUAUCUCCAGAGUAAGUGGUCCAAUCGGUCUGAAUCUUGGGCUCAAUAUACCUUAAUCCAUGCCCAACAAGUCCGCAAAGUUUGGUUCUGAUCGCAUUAUUGAAAUAUUGCAAGUGGGUCAAAAGUGCAUGCCUCGGAAACUGCCCGGAAACCCAUUGGUUUUGCAGUCGUCGAUGUUCAUAAACGACAUGGACUACGACGUGAUCUACGAGAUGGUCUUCUACAUUUACUGCGGCCGCUGUCAGAAGGACAUCACCGACAUGGCGACCGCUUUGCUCAUCGCCGCCGACAAGUACCGCCUGGAGGAGCUGAAGAGCCACUGCGAGAAGUACCUCGUCGAGAAUAUCAACGUGGAGAACGCGUGUUCGCUGCUCAUCAUUGGCGACCUCUACACGGCCCCCAAACUGCGGCGGAGGGCUGUUCAGGUAUCUAUUCGUAAACAAAUGUUCAUUGGAAAACAGACGAUUCAGCUGAUUCUGGCGCGACCGAAGAACGUGACGGGCACGCCCGGCUGGGAAGACAUCCUCAAGUGCCAUCCCAACCUCAUCACUGACAUUUUCAGUCAGAUCGACAAACAGGUACGCGUUUGAGGAGACUGGAGGAGAAAUUGGUCAAAAAUUGCAGUCAUCGACAGGCGCGAGCUCUUCCGUUCCCCCAACGGCGCCCGGAAUGGCGAUGGACUUCCCGAUGGCGCCGCCGCCGACGGGCCUCUGA